CAGGUUCGUGCGUCACGCGGCUAAAGAAGGUGAAUGGGUGACUGCUGAGCUGAGAAUCAAUCAGUAACUGGACACCUGUGGGUCAUGUGCCUGCGAUGCAGCGCAGCUGAUUGAUUUGUAUUCUGAAAGCGUCUUACACGAGCGCAUAAAGCGAGGAAGGAGAGCGCGAGCUUUGCGAUGGUCUCCACGCGUUUACGCGUUACAUUAGACGCGCGGUGAGAGGAUGUAACUGGUGGCGAGGCUGGCGUUCCGUUGUAGUUUCGAUGAAAGGACAUAAAAAGUGUGAUUUCGCUUUCAAAUCAUCGAGAAAGGAAGCGUGUUCCUCGCCAUUCGCGGAUUCGGAUGGCAACAGAAUGCCGAGGAUGAUGCUGGCUUAGGUUGUUUAUCAUCUUCGUGAUCACAAGGUGUUGCAAACAAAUAACCACGUGAUAGCUGGAGGAAUGUUUAGUUCAGGUUACUUUUCCGUGGAAAUCGGCGUCGCUCAUCUGGAUUAACUCUUCGGGAAGACAUGAUUCAGCUAGUCACUUUUAUUAGCCUCUUUCUGUGUCUGUUUGGAUGCCAUAUCUGCUCUGCAGGGGCGAACCGCCCUGCUGCUCCUGUCAAUGUCUCUGUUACUCACCUGCGGGCGGAUUCGGCCACCGUGUCCUGGAAUAUUCCGGAGGGAGAGACCGUAAUUGGCUUUGCCAUCUCACAGCAGCGCCUGGACGGCCUGAUGCAGCGUUUCAUUCGUGAGGUGAACACGACCAGUCAAGCUUGUAUACUUUGGGAUCUGGAUGAAAACACAGAUUACAUCAUCAAGGUCCAGUUUGUCGGACUCUAUGGAGAGAGUCUGGCCAGCAAAAAGAUUCACUUCAGGACUCUUAAAAAGUCUGAACAUUUUCAGUCCACCAUGAUGGAUCAAGAUGACCCUGCGGUUAAGGGUUUAGACAUGUCCAGACACCUGCAGACUGGAGAGAUACUGAUCAUCAUGACUGUACUGCUGAUGUGGGCAGCUGUGAUCGUGCUCUUCUGUAAGCAAUAUGAUAUCAUCAAAGACAACGACUCCAACAGCCACAGUAAAGAGAAGAGCAAGCCGCUGUCUGGCCAGAGCACUCCAGACUAUCACCACGGAGGCCUGCUGGGCAGCAAGUUCCAGAGGACAUCAUCCUCCAUCAGCAUGAUUAACCUCGUUUAACCUCGGCAUCAUCACACAUCAGCGGAUCAGCUCAGCUCAUCUUCUGAUCUACAAGCGUUAAAGGCAAUACUAACAUGAACCUCUCAGCCACAUCGGGGAAUUGUAAGGUAGUAUACGGGUAUUCAGUAGUACACUAUACUCCAAUAAACAAUGUCCUGGACGAUGAAUAUACUGUACCUCUUUAACUAAUACAUCAACUGUAAUCAAUGUAGGAGGUAUCGGUGCUAUGAAUAUGAUUGUUAAAACACCGGCAGCCGGAAACAGCGGUUUAGAUGUGUGAUGAUGGAUUCUGUGUGUGAAUGUGUUGCACUGAAAGAGGUUUAAUAAUUGUAACAAUUAAAAAUGUGGCAUUUCUCAUUAAUGUGUAAAUUAUGACUAAAGUCAUCAUCAGCCACAGAAGUGGCCUUAUAUUAUGCAUUAUUAAUUUCUAACCACAGUGAACAGCAUAUCGGUGGCUUGUUUUAUGUUUUUAUUAAGUAUUAACACUGUUAUUAAAUGUUUCACACUAUUAUAGCGUUGACUGUUGAGUGUUCAACAGUGAGGUUUACAGGAGUGUCCAUGUUCAUAAGAAAUGGUUUAGUGUGACAUUUCUGUGCCAGAUUAGCUCAAAGUUUUGAGCUUGUAAAUUAAGAAGUUAGUAAAAUGUCUACCCUGUCAUUGUAAUGUGCGUAGUUCAGAAAAUACUUAUUUUAUUGUUCUUUUUUAUCUUGAUUCUCUAAGACGUUUUGAGUAAGUUAACUACACUUAGCUAGUUUAAGGCAAGAGAUAAAGAAUGUAGUUUAAAAUCUGUACUUCAUUACAAAAGUUAAAAGCAAUGUUUGUUAAUAUUCUUGGUCUCAAUUCUACUUUCCAAUAAAUGGAAAAUGAAAAACCA